AUGGUCUUCGCAUUUCCGCCUGACGCCCGAUCGCAAAAUGUGGACUACGCCGCUCUUACUCGUGUACGUAUUCUGGCAUCUGGAACGUUCUGUGGAAUCUCAGCUGACUUCCGAGGCGUUGCUACAGCGGUCUCAGCGACGGCGAAGAUGUCUGGCUGGUACUCCGUGAUUCCCAAGACGCUGUUUCCUUGGCCAGUAAAGGUUGGAGAAUACAGCGUCAGUGAAGUCAGUGGAAAAGAAGGGAGCUGGUCGAUCUGGAGCCUGGACUUUUCCGGUGGCUCCGUGAAAGCAAGCAAGAUCACUGCCAUUCCUGCCGCAAGUUUUCUCAACGGUCUGACUUCCUUGUCGUCCAAGGGGAUUGUCCUGGCCGCCGAUUCCGCUCAAGGAGUCGUUUACCGCAUCGACACCGUGACCGGGAAAUCGAGCGUUGCGAUCGACAGUGCCGCGCUGAAGCCGAAUGCAAGCGCCACGUACCAUCUGGGCGUCAAUGGCAUCCACGUCCACGGGCCGUACUUGUACUUUGACAAUGCAGGACAGUCUCCCCUCCUGGGCCGCUUCACCCUGAGCGCCGACGGCACAUCGUCCGAGUCGGCGGAGGUCAUCGUCGAGGAUCCCACUUUCCCCGUCAACGACAAAUAUUACGGCUUUGACGAUUUCACCUUUGACGGCAGCGGAAAUGUGUGGCUGGCGACCAAUCCCAGCAAGCAAAUUGUGAGGAUCUCGCCUGAAGGCGUUGCCACCGUCGAGGCAGGCAGCUUGGACGAUACUACGUUGCAAGGAUGCACGUCUCUGCAAUUUGGCCGCACUGCGAGCGAUCGAAAUGUGCUGUAUGUGAAUGUUAACGGAGCUGGAGGCAAGCUGGUGGCGGUCAAUACAUCGGAGUAG